GGCUCCGAGCCGGAUGAGCCCGAGACGGUGGCGGAGCCGCCCCGCAACCCGCCCAAUCCGCCGCCCCCCGUUCCCGCCGCGGUCAAGGCCACAGGAGGUUUGUGCCUGCUGGGUGCCUAUGCUGACAGCGAUGAUGAGGAGGGCGAGACACCGGAGAAGCCGGCCCGUUCCACGGAUGCCAACGGCAGCAAUUCUGCUGACAUCGACAGCACCUUGGCAAACUUCCUGGCUGAGAUCGAUGCCAUCACGGCCCCUCCGCAGCCCGCUGAGCCCACCCCUGCUUCCUCUUCCUCCUCCUCCUCCUCUGUGCCACCCCCCACGCCUCCCCGCCCGGAGCCGAAGGAUUCGGGCACAGGCCCAUCGUCGGGCACAGCCAAUGGCACGGGCUCGACACCGGCCCCAGAGUGGCAGUACGACACCCAGUGCUCACUGGCCGGAGUGGGAGAGCUGGAGAUGGGCGACUGGCAGGAAGUGUGGGAUGAGAACACUGGCUGCUACUACUAUUGGAACACCCAGAGCAACGAGGUGACCUGGGAGCUGCCGCAGUACUUGGCGACGCAGGUCCAGGGCCUGCAGCAUUACCAGCACAGCAGCACCGUGGCAGGCACUAACGGCAGCUUUGUGGCAACCACGGAGCCAUUCUCUCAGGAGAAGGGGACCCCAGGCAGUGCUGGCCGUGGGACUGGCCUCAGCAAGCGGGAGGUGAAGAAGGAGGUGAAUGAAGGAGUGCAGGCUCUCUCCAACAGUGAAGAAGAGAGGAAGGGAGUGGCUGCGGCCCUCCUGGCCCCACUGGUGCCUGACGUGGUGAAGGAGGAAGAGGAGCGCUGGAGGAGGAAAGUGAUCUGCAAAGAGGAGGUUGAGCCACCUCUGGAAGAGGAGGCAAAAGUGGAAGAGGCGCCAGCUGCCCCUGAAGAGCCAGAGCCCAGCAGGGACCCCCUGGAAGACACAGGGCAGGAGGAUCUGUGCAGCGUGGUGCAAUCAGGGGAGAGCGCAGAGGAGGAGGAAGAACAGGACACACUUGAGCUGGAGAUGGUGCUGGAGAGGAAAAAGGCAGAGCUGCGUGCCUUGGAGGAAGGCGAUGGCAGCGUUUCGGGCUCCAGCCCGCUCUCCGAUGGGAGCCAGUCGGCCUCGCAGGAUGCGUCCCGCAGGCUGGCCUCCAAGCGAGGGAAAUGGAAACUGUUUGUGGGAGCCACCAGCCCUGAGUCUGCCAGUCUAGGCUCCAGCAAAACGGGCCGGGAGAGCCCAGAAGCAGGAGAAGCAGCUCCAAGCACAGAAGCAACUGAUCCAAGCUCAGACAAAGAGACAGAAUCUGAGGAGCCUCAGGAAAAAGCCAAAUCACAAGGGGCUCCAAAAAUGGAAGAGGAGGAGCAGGAUCUAAAGUUUCAGAUUGGAGAGCUGGCCAAUACUCUGACUAGUAAAUUGGAGUUCCUGGGCAUCAACAGACAAUCUAUCUCCAACUUCCACAUGUUGCUGUUGCAGACAGAGACCCGCAUUGCAGACUGGCGAGAAGGUGCUCUCAAUGGAAACUACCUCAAACGCAAACUCCAAGACGCAGCCGAACAGCUUAAACAAUACGAAAUAAACGCCACCCCUAAAGGCUGGUCCUGCCACUGGGACAGGAUCUCUGGAUCAAGUCUUCUGACCAACAGCUCUUCCAAAGGACAAACUUCAACUCACCGACGGAAUGAAGAACAAGAUUUCUGUCUCCUGCCAGCAGGGAGCAUAGACGCUAUUUCUAUGUUAACGAGCGCUCGGGAGAGUCGCAAUGGGAGUUCCCCGAUGGGGAGGACGAAGAGGAGGGACAGCGAGGCGCCGCCGACAGAAAACCCGACGGUCCUCCAAAGCCACCUCCCAAAGACAAAGGAGAGCACACCGAGGGGCCUGCCGAGCGCCCCACAGGUUCCCUUUGUAAAGAAUCCUUCUCAGGCCAAGUUCCUGCUACGUCUCUCAUGCCGCUCACUCCAUUUUGGACUCUGCUUCAGUCCUCCGUCCCGGUCCUCCAACCUCCCUUGCCUUUGGAAAUGCCUCCGCCGCCUC